AGCUGCAGUCACGUGAUCUCCGCCGAUCAGGAAACCGUGUGAAGACAAACGGGAGAGAUGCGGGUGGUGGUGCUGUGUUGCUUCCUGUUCUCUCUGCUGGCUGCCGGUGAUGCCGCUCCGGCUGCAGACGAGGUGGCUUACCUGCCCGGGCUGCAGAAACAGCCGAGCUUCAAACAGUAUUCUGGAUACCUGAGCGUGGCCGACGGGAAACACCUGCACUACUGGUUCGUGGCGUCCCAGAAGAACCCGCCCUCUGACCCGGUGGUGCUGUGGUUGAAUGGCGGCCCCGGCUGCAGCUCUCUGGACGGCCUGCUGACGGAACACGGACCCUUCCUGAUCCAGGAUGACGGCGUGACGCUGCAGUACAACGACUACUCGUGGAACAAGAUCGCCAACAUGCUGUACCUGGAGUCUCCAGCAGGGGUCGGCUUCUCGUACUCCGACGAUAAGAACUACGUCACCAACGACACGGAGGUGUCCAUGAACAACUACCUGGCCCUGAAGGAGUUCUUCCGCCUGUUUCCAGAGUUCCUGAAGAACGAGUUGUUCCUGACCGGAGAGAGUUACGGAGGAGUGUACAUCCCCACGCUGGCCGAGAGGGUGAUGGAGGACGGCAGCCUCAACCUGCAGGGCGUUGCCGUGGGCAACGGGUUGUCGAGCUACGAGCUGAACGACAACGCGCUCGUGUACUUCUCGUAUUACCACGGGCUGCUGGGCGGCCGCCUGUGGGCGUCGCUGCAGAUGUUCUGCUGCGAGGACGGGAAGUGCAACUUCUACAACAACCGGAACCUCAACUGCUCCGACGACCUGUCGGAGGUCCAGGACAUCGUGUACGGAUCCGGACUGAACAUCUACAACCUGUACGCCCCGUGUCCCGGAGGCGUCAGGGAGAGAUACGGCGUUGAGCGGAGUGAGCUGGUGAUCCGAGAUCUGGGGAACUCGUUCAUCAACCACCACGGGACGCAGCUGUGGAAAAAGAAGUUGCGAGGUCUGGCGUCUCAACACCUGUCCGUCCGUCUGGACCCCCCCUGCACUAACUCCACCCCCUCCACCCUCUACCUGAACAACCCCUACGUCAGGGCCGCGCUGCACAUCAGGCCCAGGGCCCUGAACUGGGUCAUCUGCAGCUCGGAGGUGAAUCUGAACUACGGCCGUCUCUACCUGGACGUCAGGAAGCAGUACAUGAAGCUGCUCGGCGCGCUGAAGUACCGGGUCCUGGUGUAUAACGGGGACGUGGACAUGGCCUGCAACUUCAUGGGCGACGAGUGGUUCGUGGAGUCUCUGAACCAGAAGGUGGAGGUCCUGCGGCGCCCGUGGCUCUACAGCGACGCGGCCGGUCAGCAGAUCGGAGGCUUCGUCAAAGAGUUCGACAACAUCGCCUUCCUCACCGUGAAGGGUUCUGGUCACAUGGUUCCAACGGAUAAACCAAUCGCUGCCUUCGCCAUGUUCACCAGAUUCAUGAAGAGACAACCCUACUGACCUCUGACGACCUCUGACAUUUGACCUUUACCGCACUUUGAUUUGAAUGGAUUGCACGGCUACAUCUCGAGAGGGAAAUUAAAUCAGCCCGUAACUCGUAUGUUUAUGAUUGGAAAUUCUUUUUGGGUUUAAAAAAAAAAAAAAUUAAUGAAUUGUAAGAACAAGUUGGGAAAAUAAAGUUUUUAUCCUUAACUGA